CACCACCACCACCUCCACUCCUCCCUCACUGGUCCAUCUCAAACUCCCUUUUUUUGUACCUUCCUAGUCACAAAACCCACAACUUGUCUCAAACUCCCAAAAAAAAAAUAAAAAAACCCCUAAAAAUGGCCAUUAGAAAACCAAACAAACUACCUCAACCAACAGUUCUCAAACAAAUCCUCAGAAGAUGCUCAAGCUUGGGAAAGAAACACAUCUACGACGACGACAACAGUGUCACCGGGCUUCCUCUCGACGUGCCAAAAGGCCAUUUUGCAGUGUAUGUUGGAGAGAACAGAAGCAGAUACAUAGUCCCAAUCUCAUUCUUGACUCACCCUGAGUUCCAGUGCCUUCUUCGCUGUGCCGAAGAAGAGUUUGGCUUUGAUCAUGAUAUGGGUCUCACUAUUCCUUGUGAAGAAGUGGUUUUUCGAUCUCUAACUUCAAUGCUCAGAUGAGAGAGAUUGUGUUCUUGUUUGAUAAAUUGUUUGCGCAGAGAGACAGAGAGAGAGAUGGCUAAGAUGAAGCUGUUGAAUUACUGCUUCUCUUUUUUUUAACAUCUUUCUUUAUUAUUGUAGGUUUUUUUUUUUUUUUUUUUAACUCUAACCCAAAAUUCAUGAAUAUAUUUUUAUGGGUUGGAGUUGUAGAAAAAUUUGAGAUUUUCCUCACAGAGGUGUAGUUACAAUGUUACACACCUUGUGAGAGAGCUUAAUGUUGAAGCUGGGGUGAUUAGCCUCUUUUUACUCUCUC